GCGGGGCGGAGCGGGGCUGACCCGACCCGGACGCGGUGGCGGCGAGGUCUGCUAGCCAGCAUGGCGCGCCACGUGUUCCUCACCGGGCCGCCAGGGGUUGGAAAAACAACCUUGAUCCAGAAAGCCAGUGAGGUUUUGAAGUCCUCUGGGGUGCCUGUGGAUGGAUUUUACACAGAAGAAGUCAGGCAGGGAGGGAGAAGGACAGGAUUUGACGUUGUCACUUUGUCUGGCACGCGGGGGCCUCUGUCCAGAGUUGGUCCAGACCCUGUGCCUGGAAAGCGCGAGUGCCGGGUUGGGCAGUACGUGGUGGACGUGACUUCUUUUGAGCAGUUGGCACUUCCUGUCUUGAGGAACGUGGGUUCCAGUGGCCCUGGGYGCAGAGUGUGUGUCAUUGACGAGAUCGGGAAGAUGGAGCUCUUCAGCCAGCCUUUCAUCCAGGCUGUGCGCCAGACACUGUCCUCGCCGGGGACCGUCAUCCUGGGCACCAUCCCCAUCCCCAAGGGAAAGCCACUGGCCCUGGUGGAGGAGAUCCGGAGCAGGCCUGACGUGAAGGUGUUCAGUGUCACCAAGGAAAACAGAAACCUCCUUCUACCGGAUAUCGUGACGUGGGUGCAGAGCAGCGAGAAGUGAGGUGGGGCUGCUUCCUGCACUGCUGCCCUCAGGAGGCGCCCAGUGGCCUGCUGYGAACGGCCAUGCCUCAAGGCUUCUGGACCUUGCGGUCAGGAAGGCUGA